AUGGAGCUGCCUACCUACCUACCUUGCUACCUUACCUCAUGGAACCCCAUUUGCCCGUGGUGCCACUGCGGGCUGGCCCCUUCUAUGGCAGGCAGGAACGCCAUCUGCCCCUCUGCUCUUGACGUCAUGAUGUCUCGCCCAUUUGCUGCUCUGCAGCUCAAGCUCCCUAACCUCCGCGCGACCGACACUGCGACCCGUGGUCACUCGGCCGUCGCUCAGUCACUAGCUAGCUACCUUACCUUAGGUAAUUCCUUUUGA